AGCUGCAGUUGUGCCACGGAAUCGGUGUGCCACGCCGCCACCACACCAUUAUAUACUCAGUUUUCUUCUCCUAGAGAUGCAAGCCAUUCCUCUCACCAUGGCCAAGCUCCUCGUCUUCCUCCUAGUGCUCGCUGUCGCCGCUGCCACCAACGUCGGAGCAGUCUCCGCCACCGCGGCGGAUGAGGACGACCUGGAGCAGCGGCGGGAGACCAUGGCGGAGCUCGUCCGGAUUUUCUCCAACCCCGUGACCGCGGCAGCAGCCGAUACCGAGACGGUCCAUCGGCUGGCGGUGUUCAUGAAACGCGAGAUCGGGCCGCUGGGGAUCAUCGUCGACGCAAUCCGCAACAUGCCAGAGGACAGUGCCGCCGACGCCCGCAGCAAGGAGGAGGCGUCCGACGCUGCCAUCGAGCUCCUGAUGCGCCACUUCCGGCACCUCAUGCCUCAAGGGCCCGGCAAGACCGACGAGCUGUAAUAUGCAUGCAUGCUUAGACUUUACAUAAGAUGAUCGUGUUUUCUAGGGCUCGAGGCAUCUGCCUUUUAUUUCCCUAAUUAAAUCUUCCCCUCGGUGCACCACAUUUGUUUGUUCGUCAUCGUCGGAGAGCAUGUAUGGUCUGUAGUUUUCCUUUUCCAUGUAGUAUUGUAGUAUCUUGUGUUGGAAAUUUUUCGUUGGGUUUAGGCAUCGUUCGUUUGUUUUUUACUACAGUACUAAUAAUCAUUGGAGCCGUGUGCUUUGUAUUAGGGUUUAGGAACUAU